CCGGGGGGCCCUGGGGGGGGGUGCCGGGGCUGUCCCCACGCCUCCGGUCGGGAUUAGGGGGGCUCGGGCCCCCAGAGCCCGGGGGGACCCCACGGGGUGCGCAGCGAGGGCGGUGCCGCCGGCCCCCCUGAGCCCCCCGGUGUCCCUGCCAGGGGGUGACCCCCGAAGUGACAUUCGAGGAGGUGGCCGUGCGUUUCUCCCCCGAAGAGUGGGCGCAGCUGGCGCCCUGGCAGCGGGCGCUGCACCGAGAGGUCAUGUGCGACAACUACGAGCUGGUGGCCAGCCUGGGGUCCUCUCUCCCACACAGACCCCAACUCCAAGUUCCCCCGCAUGAAGGAGGAGUCACACGGGGGGGUUCCCUGCGAUGGGGGGCUCAGCGGAGAUAGCGACAGCACCGACACCACCGACAGCUCAGGUGCCUGGAGCGGUUCUGACAGCAAGGAUGACGCCGGGGGACGCUGGGAAUCGGGGUCCGGUGUCGCCCGCUCCGGUGACACCGAGCGGGGGGGCCGUGCCCGGGCCCUGCCCCGGCCGGUGCCGGCGCCGUCGGGGCUCCGCGGCAGCCGCGGGCCGAGCGGCGGGGCCGAGGCGCCCCCGGGCGGGCCCUACCUGUGCGUCACCUGCGGCAAAUCCUUCCGGCACCGCCGCAGCCUCCUGGCGCACAAGAAGCUGCGCCGGGGGAACCGGGCCCGGCACGGCUGCGGCGAGUGCGGCCGCAGCUUCUGCCUGCGCGGGGACCUGCUGCGGCACCGCGAGUCGCACCGGGCGCGGCCCCCGCGCUGCCCGGGCGCGGCGGGGCCGGGCGAGGAGCGGCCCUUCGUGUGCCAGCGCUGCGGGAGCAGCUUCAGCUGGAGGGAGAGCCUGGAGCUGCACCUGCAGGAGCACCGCGACCACCCGUGCCCCGAGUGCGGCCGCGUGUUCCCGCACCGCGGGAGCCUCGUGCUGCACCGCCGGGUGCACUCGGGCCAGCGGCCCUUCUGCUGCGCCCGCUGCGGCCGCGCCUUCGCCUCGCCCGCCAACCUCAGCUCCCACCGCCGGUCCCGCCGGCUCUGCCGGCCCCGCAGCCUCGGGCCCCGCGGGGACAGCGACAGGGACAGGGAGCCCUGCAGGGACAGCGACAAGGACCGGGACAUGGAUAGGGACCCCUGCAGGGACAGGGAUAGGGACGGCGACAGGGACAGGGACCUCUGCAGGGACAGCGACAAGGACCGGGACAUGGAUAGGGACCCCUCUAGGGACAGGGAGAGGGAGAGGGACUCCUGCGGAAACAGGGACAGCAACAGGGACAGGGACCCCGGUAGGGACAGGUACAGGGAGAGGGACCUGCAUAGGGACCCCUGUGGGGCCAGGAAAAGGGACCCCCGUGGAGACAGGGACAGGGACCCCCGCGAGGACAGGGAGCUGCUCAGGGAUAGGGACCCCUGCGGGGACAGGGACAAGGACCCCCGCGGGCACGGGGACUCGCUCAGGGACAGGGAUGGGAAUGGGGGUGGAGAUGGGGAUAGGGACCCCCGUGGGCAUGGGGACCUGCUCAGCGAUAGGGACAGGGAUGGAGACUCCCGCAGGGAGGGGGACUCACUCAGGGACAGGGAGCUCCGUGGGGACGGGGACCUGCUCAGGGACAGGCAUGGCGACCUCCGUGGGGAUGGAGACUCACUCGGGGACAGGGAUAGGGACAGGGAUAGGGAGCCCUGUGGGGACGGGGACCCGCUCAGAGACAGGGACCUGUUUAGUGAGAGGCACCCCCGCAGGGAUGGGGCCAUGCUUGGGGACAGGGACCCCCUGGAGCCCAGGGACGUGCUCAGGGCUGGGGACCCCCUCGGGGACAGGGAGCUGCCGGCGGGUGACCAGCGGUAGCCGCAGGAGCGGGGUCGUGCCCGUGCUCCGGUGGGUGUGACCUCGCCGGUGCCGCGCCCACCCCAGGGCACCCGCGGAGCUCCUGGAGAGUUCUGGAACCCGGGGACUUCUCCGUGUCCCUUUAGACCUUGGGAAAUCCCUCCGGGAUGUCUCUCCGUGUUCCUUCUGGAUCUUAAAGUGUCGGGGUUGUUUCCCCAUGUCCCCGUGGAAAAUCCCUCGGGACGUUUCUCCAUGUGCCUUUCACACCUGGGAAGGUCUCUCCAGGACGCCUCUCCGUGUCCCGUUGGACCUUGAAGUGUCCUCCAGCACUUCCCAGUUCUCCCAGACCCCGGGAAAUCCCUCUGGGAGGGUUCUCCGUGUUACCUUUGCACCUGAGAAAAUCCCCCGGGGAUGCUUCUCUGUGUCCCCUGGGGCCUCGAAGUAUCUCCGGAGCUUGGAAAAUCCCUCUGGGAUGGUUCUCCGUGUUCUCUUCAGUUACUGAAGUACCUUUGGAUCCUGGAAUGUCCCCCAGGGGCACUGCCCAGUCCCUGCCAGUCCCACCAGUGCCCAGCCAGUCCCACCAGUGCCCAGCCCCGUGUUCGUAUUUAACGCCAGAAGUUUCUUUAACUCUAUUUAUUUUAUUUUUCUAUGUCAUUUAUUAUUCUUUCUGUUUUAUUUUAUUCUAUUUAAGUCAUUCCAGUUGUUAUCUUCUGCUUAGCCCAGUUCUCCUACUCCUAUUCCAUUUAAUUCUAUUUAUUUCUAUUCUAUUUAUCCCCUUUAAUUAGGAGGAAGGGCAGGGAGGGAGGAAGAGGAAGGGAGGGAGGAAGGAGAGUCUUCUGGGCCCUCUGUCGUAGUUGAACCAUGAAAGAGCUCUUGUGACAGCAGAGGCCACCACGUGUCCUCCCAGUGCCCCCCCUUCCCCAAAUAAACAAACGCAAAAAUCUGA